AUGGGCAGACUUGAAGGAAAAAAUGUAUUAAUUACAGGAGCUUCCGCCGGUAUCGGUGAAGCAUGUGCUAAGGAAUUUGCUAAAGCUGGUUCAAAUUUGAUUCUUGCAGCUAGAAGAAUUGAACGUCUUGAAAAACUGUGCGAAGAAAUUUCCAAAAAUCAUCCUUCAAUUAAAGUUUUCAAACAUCAAUUAGAUGUUCGUGAAAAAGCAAAAGUCGACCAAUUAAUUUCUUCUUUACCUUCAGAUUUGAAAAACAUUGAUAUAAUUGUUAACAAUGCUGGAUUGGUUAUUGGGUUAGAUAAGAUUGAUAAUGUUACAAGUGAAGCCAUUGAUACAAUGAUUGAUACAAAUGUCAAGGGUUUGUUAUAUGUGACCCAGGCGAUCCUUCCCGUAAUGAAAGAACGUCAAAAGGGACAUAUAAUUAAUGUCGGAUCAGUUUCAGGAACUCAAGUUUAUGUCAAUGGGGGCGUAUACUGUGCUUCAAAACACGCCGUCGAUGCUAUCUCAAGGACAUUGCUACUUGAAUUGGUUGAUACUCCAAUUAGAGUUACGCAAAUUAAUCCAGGAAUGGUAAAAACCGAGUUCUCUAUAGUUCGAUUCGGUGGAGAUAAAACAAAGGCUGAUAAAUUUUAUGAAGGCUUGGAUAUUGGCAAGUACAAUUCAAAGUUCGACAAAACUCCCGAAACUAUUGUCUUUGCUGCAUCACGACCCGACCAUGUAAACAUUGCUGAUAUAGUGAUUUAUCCAGUAAAUCAGGGAGCUGUUACAACUAUUCAUAAACCAUUAUUAAAUAAACAAUAA